AUGACACCUCCGCAAAAGAUCAAGCAGUGGCUUACAGGCCAGGACGGUCUCGAUAAGUUGAGAAUGUCAGAGGUAGACUGCCCUACACCAGGCGAGGACGAAGUGCUGGUGGAAAUUCACUCUGUCAGCUUGAACUACAGAGAUACUGAGGUUGCAAUGGGUCUCUACAACCACCACUCCUCUGUCGAACAUCCCCCCGCAAUCGUCCCAUGCAGCGACAUGUGCGGUGUCGUCGUUGCCGUGGGCCCAAUCUCCUCCAACACCAGCGAUCCCUUCAAAAACCCAGCCUUUCAACUCAAGGAAGGCGACCGCGUCAUCAGCACCUUCGCCCCAACCCAUCUCUCCGGCCAAGUCAAAGCCUCAGACGUCGCCAACGGCCUGGGCGGUCCCGCCCCAGGAGUCCUAACCCAGUACCGCGUCUUCCCCACCUACGGUGUCGUCAAAAUCCCAGACUACCUUUCCGCAGACGAAGCAGCAUGUCUCCCCAUUGCCGCAAUGACCGCAUGGAUGAGCCUCAACUGCAUGCGCCCAAAGGGCUCCAUUAUCGAGCCAGGCGAAACAGUCGUAUGCCAGGGCACCGGCGGCGUCAGUAUUUCCGCCUGCCAAAUCGCCACCGCCGCGGGUGCAACCGCAAUCGUAACCUCGUCUUCUGACGAAAAACUCCAGCGCGCAACGCAGCUCGGCGCUAAGACGACGAUUAACUAUCGCACGCAAUCUGACUGGGACAACGCCGUACUCUCCGCCACAAACGGUGAAGGCGCAGACAUCAUCAUCGAAGUCGGCGGCGCACAAACCCUACGCAAGUCCUUCGACUGCGUGCGCUUCGGCGGCUUAAUCGCAUGCAUCGGGUAUCUAUCCGGCAAGCAAGACGACAACGCUUCCGAUCGCACAAACACCAACUUGCUUUGCCUCAAGCGCAACGUCACGCUCAAGGGUAUCUUGAAUGGGCCCCGCGAUGAGCUAGAGCGCAUGCUCAAGUUUUACGAGGAAAAGGAGAUAAGGCCCGUUGUUGAUCGCGUGUGGGGGUUCCACGAGGCGGAUCAGGCAUUGAGGUAUUUGUUUAGUGGGGGUCAUUUUGGGAAAGUCGUUGUUAGGGUUAAGGAGUGA